AUGAAGCAGUGGGUCACAAAUCAGGAUGGCUUCGACAACCUCAAGCUGGUCGAGGCACCUAAGCCGGACGAGAAUGCACUGAAGGAGGGCGAGGUCUUAGUGAAGGUGAACCGCGUUUCACUUAAUUUCCGUGACACCGAGGUCAUCAUGGGUCUUUACGGGCACCACGAUUCAAUGUCGCAGGGUGCAAGUGGACUGGUGCCAUGCUCCGAUAUUUGUGGCAGCGUCAUCAAGGUCGGCUCCGGAGUCACCACCCUGAAGGAGGGCCAGCGUGUAAUGGCCACGUUCAACCAAACACAUGUGAAGGGACAGGUCCUCGAGAAGGACAUGAUCUCUGGGUUGGGACUCCCUGCUCCAGGAUGCCUGACAGAGUAUCGCGUAUUCCAGCACUACGGGCUGGUGAAAGUGCCCGAUUAUAUGACCGACGAGGAGGCUUCGUGUCUACCCAUUGCAGCAGUCACGGCCUGGAUGGCCAUCAACUCGUUCCAGCCGAUCGGUCAGCCCAUGGCAGGAAACGACAAGGUGGUGCUGCUCCAGGGAACUGGGGGUGUCUCAACCUCGGGCCUGCAGAUUGCCAAGGCCCUCGGCUUGACCACCAUCGUGACCUCGUCGUCGGAUGCAAAGCUCGAGCGUGCCCGCAAGAUGGGUGCCGACCACACUGUCAACUACAAGACGACCCCCGAGUGGCACAAGGCUGUGCUGGAGCUCACCGGAGGAAAGGGAGCCGAUGUCAUCUUCGAGACUGGCGGUGCCGAGACCCUGGCCAAGUCUUUCGACUGCGUAGCGUUCGGUGGCUUGAUCAGCUGCAUCGGAUACCUCUCGGGCAAGGAGGAUGCACCAGGUAACAGAAUGAACACCAACUUGCUGGCUCUGAAGCGCAACGUCACUUUGAAGGGCAUGUUGAACGGACCUGCGGAUCGGUUUGAGGAGAUGUUGGGUGUAUAUGCCAAGGCUCAGAUCCACCCGGUGGUGGACAAGGUCUUCGAGUUCGACCAGGCGAAAGAGGCUCUACAUUACCUCUUUGGAGGAAAGCACUUUGGCAAGGUUGUCAUCAAAGUGCCAUAG